UUGAUGUAAUUUAUCCUUCAUUCGUUCAUUACCUCUGAAUUUGGGAGGGAGACCACCACCGUUAUAACGGUAAUAACGGGAAAGCUACAGUGAUCUGUUUUAACGAUGAUGUGCAGUGAACACAGGGAACUGAUGUAUCAGGUAAUAUGCAGCAACUACACUGACCUGAUGUUACAGUAGCAUUGGAAGAAGGUUGUGAUCUGUUGUGACAGCAUUAAGUGACGAUUGUUGUGAUGUGUUGUAACAGUAAUAUGCCACGACUGAUGUCAUCUCUGUAAACUUGAGUGGCAAACUAUUGAGAACUAUAAUUGAUUAAAUCAAAGAGAGAAGUAAUCGAGUAAGACUGUUAACCAUGACGACGCUCGUAAUCAUCGCUUUAUGCUUGGUGUUGCUGUUUCCAGCCUGUGAGGCGAAGUCUCUUCUCCAGCCUUCAGUAUCUCUUGCCACAACUCCUCCGUCAGUAAAAGUGCCGUUCAAUUGGGUUACCGAAGUGCGUUUCUCACAGUCGCAGCCUACGCGUCCCUCCACCAGGAACGGUAACGAAGCACCGUCCUAUCAAAUGCAAAGAACUGGGUUGAGGUCAUCCGUAAACUGCAUUGCUGGGUCCAGCAAGAGGGAAGAUGUCAUGGAAGUGCCUCAUGAACACAACCAGUUCCUCGUUAACAUCAGUGUUGACUUCCGGUACUUGGAGAUCUCCCUGAAGAUUGGAUCCUGCAGUCAUGAGAACAUCUACGGAGCUAACCGCUUCUUAACGAAGAAUAUCUUCCAUCUGCGAACUCCCAAGACACAGACGGUGAUGAAACUGGAUUAUAUUAGACUUACAGACGGGGCACACGCUUACCACCUCACCUUGGACAACUUUAACUUCUCCGAGACCAUCAGCUCCUCCGUCAAAUGUGGAGAGCUCCGCGGGUUCCGCGUGAAGGCUAAGGGAGCCUCUGUCUGCAACCUCCGCUUGGAGGAAAACUCUCUGGGAGUUCGAGUGGGCAAACUCAGAUCUCAGGCGAGGGAUCCUUCGAAGUCGCUACACGACCUGCACAGCUGGAGACAUGGCGCCUAUGUGAUUGCCAUAUGUUUUACCUUCGUCUCUUAUCUCCUGUUUCUGGUGUCCAUAAGACUCCUCAGGAACUACUCUCAGUAUGAAUUCAUCAUCAGUGAAAGGAGCUCACAAGUCGCGGAAAUAUCCUUAUGAUUAUUACAGUGGGAAGUACCUUAGUUUCGUCACUCUGCGAGUGGGCAGAGUACCAACCAAGACUUCACACACUCAAGCUUUACUCUACAAGUGUGUACUGUGACACCGGAUACUUCACACACUCAGACAUCCAUCACUCUGCAAGUAGGCAGGAUACCCCUGGAGUCUAUAGAGCCAGUGGCAUCACUAACCUCAUUAAAGGCCACCUCCAUGCCUCAACGGCUGGACUACAUUAGGACUUGUUUCCAUUAGACACCUGCUGUCCAUGUUCACCCAUCUAUAUAAAAUGGGUACCUGGGUGAUAGCCGACUGGUGUGGGUCGUAUCCUGGGACGAAACUGACUUAAUUUGCCCGAAGUUCUCAACAUAACAAGUAGCUUUCUAUAUAGUAGUAUGUCAGUGAUGUCAGCUAGGACUGUAUACCUUGUACAUGUACUUAUAGAAAUAAAGAUAUUAUUAUUAUAUUAUUAUUCUGGAGAUUAAGCUGGUCACUGGCUAAACAAGAGACAAUUAUAUCAGGACUCAGGAUCAACAGCCAAACAAAUAAAAUACUUUCCAAGCUACUAUUGCAAAUAAUUGUUUCUGUUCAACAUUUAUGACACCAUAUGCUUCAGGCUACUUCACGCUUAUAGUCAGAAUAGUACAAUCUUAUAAAGAAAAGCCUAAGCACGAGAACUACAGGCCAAUCCCUCUCACUAGCGACCUCUAAGAGAGAUCAGUGGCAAGGUUUUUGAAAACAGUUGUCUGGAGCAGAAUUAACUCGUACGUGGAAUUCCAUCACUCUUCAAGGAUAAAUAUUUCAGAUUCAGAAACGAGAGAGCAAAUCAACAUGCAACAUGAUAAUGGCAACCUAUGCAAACAAUCCAUGCAUCAAGGGACGUAAACAAGGCACGAUUUGGAUUUGACUGGGAAUACUGGAUUUUGGCGUCAUUUAAUAAGGUAGUUGGAGAUGAAAGAGAGUGAAGUACAACAGAAACAUCUUCCCUUAAUACACCUACAAGACAGAUGAAGCCGGGGUGCCCCAAGACUCCUGCCUGAGCCCUGCAUUAUUCAACAUCUACUUCAAGAUCGUCUCAGCCAGAGUGACAAGAUAAUCCCCGUCUAUUCUUCUAUUUAUUCAUUGACAGUCUUUCAUUACAACUUAUUUUUGGUUUAUAGACUACACAGCUUUAAGAUGUAUGAGAAAAGUUAUACUAUGAAAGUUAGGACUGUGGGAUGAAAAAUUUAGAGUCACAGAUAUUUGUACUGUAGCCGCUCUGGGUGAGCGGCUACAGUAUUGGCCCUGAUGUAUGAUCCAUGCUUCAACUUUCCUCUUAUUCUGAAUAUUCACUGACAAUUGUUGGCUGCGACUUAUCUUGGGUUAAUAUAUACAUUAAAUUGAAUUAAAAUAUGUAAAUUACAUCCACCAGCACAUAAAAAUCAAAAGUGGUUAGGCCUCUUAGCUUUUAUUUUCCACAUCCCCCCCCCUUUCCCUAUAAAUAUUCCUUCCCUUCAUAGCCUGCUCCAUCUUCUUUUCCUGUCCAAUAAUGCGCAGCUGCCAAUAGCAGCUGCGCAUUUUUCACUGGUUGCAUAAUGUGUGGAUUAGUGUUCACUGUUGUGAUAAGUUGUUCGAGCUAGCUAAUUUUAUACAAGGUCAACGACCAGCUAGUCGCUGGUCGUCAUCCAGCUGUCAGCUAAAGACUUUGAAAAUCCAUGAGCAAACAGCAGUUCACCCCAUGACACACUACGACACUAGUACUACAACACAUUGUUCCUUUUUCUUAAAAAAAUAAAAGUUGUUUUAAAAACAAUUCUUUUAAAAAAAUAAAUAAAUAAAUUCCCUUUAAAA